AUGGAGAGAAUCGAUGCCCACACUCACUGUGUUCCAUCCUCAUAUCGCGAAUACUGCCUGCAGAGCGGCUUCGCGGGCAACGGCCAUCCAGAUGGAAUGCCUGCGAUCCCAGAAUGGAGUGCAUCGGCCCACAUCGAACUAAUGAAAAAGCUCAACAUCAAACAAUCAAUCCUCAGCAUGUCGUCACCGGGAACACAUCUGACACCAGGGAACAACGAAGAAGGGCGAUUGAUAACCCGGCGCGCCAACAUUGACAUGUCCAAAACCUGCGCCGAUCACCCCGACAAAUUUCGUUUCUUCGCGUCUCUUCCCCUCCCGGACGUGGAAGGCUCCCUUGCAGAAAUAGACUAUGCGCUGGACCAUCUAGGCGCAGUUGGGUUCCAAAUCCUGACCAAUUCGCAUAGCAUCUACCCGGGUGAUGCGCGAUUCAAUCCUGUUUUUGACAAGUUGAGCGAGCGCAAAACGAUCGCCUUUUUGCACCCCACCACCUGUCUCAUUCAGCACCCAAGGGAGAAUACCUUAAGCAAGGUUAUGCCGAUCCCUGGGUUCUCGGCGCCAAUGAUGGAGUUCAUGUUCGAUUCAACCCGGGCGUUGAUGAAUCUGCUCACUUCCGGCACGGUGGAUCGGUGUCCAGGGAUUACUUUCCUGGCUUGUCAUUGCGGUGGUACUUUUCCUCCUAUUCUGCAAAGGGUUGCCGGAUUCUCUCCCAUGCUUCCGGGUCUAGGGAAUGGUGUGAGUGCAGAGCAGAUGAAGAACCUCUUGCAGACACGGUUCUAUUUUGAUCUUGCGGGGGUUCCGUUUCCUGACCAGAUACAUGGUCUUCUUCGAAUGGUUGAUUCUUCCAGAUUACUGUACGGGAGUGACUAUCCCUAUACGCCGGCGGCGCUGGCUGAGUCUUUGGCGAAAAGAGUUGAUGAUGGCUUAGAGAGUAACUUUGGACCGGAGACGAAGCAACGUAUUUUGUUGAAAAACGCGCAGAAUCUUUUUCGGUCCGCAUGUCCUUAG